UACUUCCACCAGGAAGUAACUAAACAAGUUCAUUCAUUGUGGACAGUUUGAGAGCAUUUUGUGCAGGCGGUAUUGUAAUUAUUAAAUACUCAUUUUUUUUCAAAAUGCGGAGGAGAAACGAAGCUCAAGCGUCAAGCAAUGAACCUGUCAAUGCUGACAGAAAGGAUGCAGAUCAAGGACUGCGCAGCAAAGCUGAAGUUAAAGGCAAACUCUCUUAUGGCUCUGUACUCCUGAACAUUGGAAAGUGUUUGCUUUUAAUCAUCAUCGUCCCCCCAUUCCUCAACUAUGCAUCGCUGCAGAGAGAAGGGCAGAUGCUCUUGCCCAAAGAUGGCCAGAUUGUUGAUGUUGGCUUGGGUCAAAAGAUGCAUCUUCUGUGUAAAGGACAAGGAAAACCAGUUGUUAUACUGGAUGCACCAACUGGAAUGUCCUCAGACAUUUGGUUUCAUGUCCAAGAGAGUGUUGCUACAUUAACAAAGGUUUGCACCUAUGACAGAAUGGGACUGGGCUUCAGUAAGCGGCUGAUGCAGAAUGAGAGCACAGGAACUGAGAAAGUUUGGGGGAUGUCAACGACUGGACGGAUGGUGGACGAUCUACACCGACUCCUGCAGGCUGCUGGGAUAGCCAAGCCCUUCAUCCUGGUCGGCUCUGAGCUCGGCGCACUCAACGGCAGGUUCUACAGCCACAUUCAUGAUGCGCAAGUGUCAGACUUGGUGCUGAUUGAUCCCAUCCCAGAGGACAUUUUUGAGGAGGACCAGUGGAAGGAGUACUGGUAUGGUAAGCUGUUGCCGUCACUUCAAGCCAAGCAGUUUUCAGCAGCUACCGGGCUGAGCCGCAUGCUGAUUAUCCUGGGGGCCAUUGAACCAACUAUCAAAGGCGAAAAUGUCUCAGAGGAGGUCAUCCAGCGCCAGAAAUAUCUACUAAGUAACCCUGCCCACCAGAGUAGUGCUGUGGAUGAGCAUUACUUUCUGAAUGAAAGUGCAUCUCAAGUAAGGGACAUCACAAAAUUUAAGCCCCUCUCCAGCAGGACAUCAGUGAGCGUGAUCACUGGGGAUUCCUUUGACCAACAAAUACCAGAGCACCUAAACCAAAUGGUAUCUAAGCUUCAAAAGAAGUUUCUGGAGGAGUCCUACCCAUCAACCAAUCACAUUCACAUAAAAGGAGCAGACCGGCGAAUGAUCUACAAGAAGCCAUCUGCCAUCAGCCAGCACCUGAGGAAGCUAGUCAACCAGAGACAAGCCAAACAGCUGAGAGAGUGACUAUAUGUAACUAUUCCACAGACCUGGGCAGAAUGAUGGUUGAAUAUGUUUUAAAUAUUCAAUAAAAUAUUCAAGUUAUCUUGUUUAGCAUUUCCUGCAGCAAUAUGUAGAGAUUGUCUACAAGUCUGGUGAGGUUCAUCAUGGAGUCAAUUUUUGCACAGCUCUGCUGUAUUGGAAGCUUUUUAAUUGAAGAUAACUGGAGGGUAUUCAGUUUGAUGAAAUAUUUGCUUUGUCUUAGAUUCAGAAAAUCUUAUCUUCCAAGUCGUUAUUUCAGUGUCUUUACCUGGUUGGCCAGUGCCAAAAAUUAAUACAUUACUUCUUAUCUGUGUAAAGGCCACACACGUCACUGCUCAACCUGAUAUUUUUUUUUAUCUUGUGCAGCUCUGUCUUAAUAUUCUGCAAUGUUAUAGCCAUAGGGAAAGGUACAGUACAUUGGGUUCCUGUGUCUCUGUUGCAUCAGCCUCAGUCAUUUGUUACUCUAAUAUAAUUGAGUUGCAUCACGACCAGUCAUAGACAUCUUUUUAUUGUUUAGUUUUAAUUUUAUAAAUUGCAAACAGAUGAGUCUUCACAAUUUUUUUGUAAAUAAAAAUGUGUACUUUUCUGUC